UCAAACGAAUGAAAUUCACUGAUGAGCGCUUAGUAAAUAAAGGCAUUGAGUGUAUACAGACUAUCGUAAAUGAAACAUCGUGUUCCUUUGAACAAGCGUAUGAUAUUCAAUUGCCAGACUUCAAAAAUCUAGAUAAAAUUCAUAAAGAAAGUUCUUGGUUCAAAAAUAUACUUUCAAACCUAAAGUCAAGAUUGGACACUUGCAAAUCAUUUAAUGAUAAAGUUAGUUUAUUAACAUUGUUGCCAGAUGAUUGGACUUUCAAAACAGCUGAAGAGUACUUACAAUGUUCCUAUCAUGCAUUUAUUGAGGCCAGAAAAUUGAGGGAAAAGCAUGGAAUUUUGGGACGACGUGUCAAGAAAUCUUAUCUUCGCAUUUCGCUUGAAAUCAGAAACGAAAUUGUUGACUACUACUUAAAUGAUUCAAAUACGAUAAUGUGUAGUGGAUCAAAGGAAUGUGUAACAAUCAAAGUUCCUGGCCAGCCGUCUGAAAUAGCUCAGAAAAAAAUUUUAAUUUAUGACUUGCGUGAUUUAUAUAACAAUUGGAAAGAAGACAGCAACCGCGAAGUUGUACCAUGCUUGGCAUUUUUUACAAGUCUGAAGCCUAAACAGUGUGUUUUUGCUGGCGAUCCUGGCACCCAUAAUAUAUGUGUUUGUCCUAUACAUGAAAACAUAAGACUGAAGUUAGCUGCUGUUCAGCCCACUUUGAAUUACAUAAAAGUUAUUGAAGCUGGUGUUUGCUCCCUUAACAGUAAACUUUGCAUGUUCAAUGAAUGUGAUGAUUGCCCUCAGGAAAGUGGAAUUGAGGAAUUUUUGAGAGCGAACAUUCCUGUUGAAAAUAUUGAAAAUGUAAAAUACAGUAAUUGGGCUUCUGCCACUGUUGAUACUGGAAAUAAAGAAACUUCAACGUCCACUAGGGUCACUCUGACCGGGUUUACUGAACCAAUAGAUGAAUUUUUAGAUAAAUUAACAGACAAUAUUUGGGAUAUGACUCGACAUCACUUUAUUUCUUAUAAACAGAAAGAAAAUCUGAAUGACACUUUAAAAAAUUUGGCAAGUGAUACUGGAGUACUCAUAAUGGAUUUUGCUGAGAAUUAUGCUUUUAUUUGUCAAAAUUCCACUCAAGGAUUCUACUUCAACAAUACGAAUGCUACACUCUUUACUGCUACAUUAUAUUACAAAGAGCAGGCAGCAAUGGACUUGAAAGUCGAAUGUUUUUGCGUUAUUUCAGAAACUUCAAUACACCAAGCGUACUCUGUAAAUAUAUUUAUGGAAGCUAUUAUCAAUGACAUCAAAUCUAGAUUUUCAUGGAUAACAAAAAUCAUUUAUUUUUCUGACGGAGCUCCAACACAGUUCAAAAAUAAAAAUCAUUUUGGGAAUUUGUGCUAUCAUGAAAAAGACUUUGGACUGAAAAUAGUUUCCUACAAUUUUUUCGCUACAUCUCAUGGUAAAAGUGCAUGUGAUGGUAUAGGGGCUGUGGUAAAGCGCAUUGCAAGAAAAGCAUCGAAGCAAAGAGUUCAAAUUUUGAAUGCAAAGCAAAUGCACGAUUAUUUGUCCACUAAAGAAUCAAAGAUAAAAAUAUUGUAUGUUGAUGAUAGUGCAGUUGAGGCAAGAGGAAAAUCACUCGCUAAGAGGUUUUCAUCAGCAAAAACUGUUAAGGAUACCAGACAAUAUCACUUUUUUGAACCAAUUGAUCAAAAAACUAUGAAAGUGAAAUUUUAUUCUUCCGACCAAGAAUCAUUUAUUGUGAAUAUAUUCGACUAGUCAUAUUUCUAUUGCUGUACUGAUAAGAAUUCGAUUUCUUUUUAUUUCAAUUGUUGUAGAAAGAUUAAUUAUAU